AUGCGCGGAAAACGAAGCAAACAGUAUCGCAAGUUGAUGAACCAGUACUCGUUGACCUGGGGAUUCCGCGAACCGUACCAAUGCCUGGUCGACGCUGAAAUGGUGGUUGACUGCCACAACUUCAGAUACGACCUGCUCGCUGGACUCGAGCGCACAUUGCACGGCAAGGUCAAGCCAAUGAUCACACAAUGCGAGAUCCGCAAACUGUACCUGCGUAAGAACGAGCCCGACAUGAACAAGAUUAUCGACUUCGCAAAGACGCUGGAGCGCAGACGAUGCGGUCACUUGCCCGAGGAAUACCCCGAACCCCUGAGCACGAUGGAUUGCAUGAAGGCCGUUGUCGACCCGAAGGGAAACCUCGUCAACAAGCACCGCUACUGCGUCGCAAGUCAGUCAGUCGACGUGCGCCGAAUGCUCCGCGAAAUCCCUGGCGUCCCGCAAAUCUACAUCAAGCGGUCGGUCAUGAUUCUCGAGCCUAUGGCGACGGAGAGUCUGGCCAUCAGGACCAAGGAGGAGAAGAGCAAAUUCCGCGAUGGUCUCGUUAGACCCGAGAGAAAGAGAAAACGCGAGGAGGCUGACGACGAUGAGAGCGGGAUGGAAGGAAAGGCGCAAGCCAGUGGGAACCAGGAGAAGAAGAGUCACAAGAAGAAGGGACCCAAAGGACCAAACCCAUUGGCAGUCAAGAAGCCAAAGAAGGUCACGGAGGGCGGUGCGAAACCGAAGCCCGAGUCGCGACCGGCGGGAAGCGGAGGCGAGGGCGAGGGUGAGGGUGAGGGUGAAGGUGAGGGCCCUGCGAAGAAGAAGCGCAGAAGACGACACAAAAACCAGACUGGUGACGCGGAGUCGGGUGCGCCAACAAGCCAGGGCGAGGCUUCGGCACAGCAAGCGGCGGAAAGCUCGUAG